CACCACACAAACAAAACAAUAAAUAAAACAACUGUCAUUUCUCACAAUUUCACCAUGAAAACGGCUCGCAAAAGCACGAGCGUUCCUAAGAGGUUCAUCCCCGCCCCGCCGGCACCUGAAAUGAAUCUUCGCAAGCGAACUAGGGAACCGCCGGCCCCGCCUCCGGUCAAAGAUGACGCCUCCGAUGACCUGCCCCGGUUGCCGGACGACAUCAUCAUCACGAUACUCAGCCUUUUGGACAUCAGGUUGUUGCCCCGGUUCGCCCUCCUAGCCAAGUCGUUUCGCGACUGCCCGAAGCUAGGUCAGCGGCUCGACUUCGGGCAACCCGUCUUCGAGCAACUGGCUCGCAAGGGGCUCUAUGAUUCGACCGUGAGUCGAAUCAUUGAUGAGCACAAAGGGUCGAAGAUCCGGUCGUUGAAGCUUCGGUUUGACCCAGACAAUAAUGAAGAACACUGGGCCAUGGUUGCAGAUUGGAUCAUUAAGGUGGCCCAGAAGGAGAUCGAGGAGCUUGAUUUUGACUUCUAUCAGGGCAAUCAGGCGUUCUUGCUGUCGGACGAUAUCUUCAAAAUUGAGACGCUGCAAAUCCUUCGAUUAUCGUACUGCGACUUCGUUCUACCAGAUUUGGAGACUAAAUUUGCAGUCACGGGGUUACCGUGCCUUCGCAUACUUUCUUUCAAGAAAAUGAGCUUGCAGGACCUUACCGUCAUCGAGGCUCUAUUGGAAUCUUGUCUCCAAUUGGAGACUCUUGAGCUUCUAUACUGCUGCUUCCCAACGUACUUCAGGAUAGCUGCCGGGCAUCUGAAAAAGUUCAAAGAGUGCAAACUCAUAACAUGUAUGGAGAUCAUGGAGGUAACCAUCGAAGCACCAAGCCUAACGACACUGCACUAUUUUGGGCCAAUGGUAAUCUUCAAAUACACGGAUUUCGAUAAGCUGACUGAUUGCAUUCUCGACUUCAAACCCCAAAGGCCAUCUCUGCCAAUAGAGGCUUACAAGCUCGACAAACUGUUGUAUGGCAUGUCAAACAUCGAGGUUCUGACCACCACAAGCAGGCUGUUAGAGGGUUUGUGUUCGAGGAGAUCUGAUGGCGAUAGUACGAUCACAAACUUCUUUUGUUUGUCGAAGCUUAAAGAAAUUCAGUUGUUUAUGGAGGGAUCCGGAUAUUGCAAUCUCUUCACUAUUGUGUCAUUCCUUAGAAAGUGUCCUUCCAUUGAGAAAAUUUACAUAGAUUGUCGCGGAUGGUUGAAGAUGGAGAAGAUGGCGAUCAAUAGUAACCGGCCAGGCGGCUACAAAUGGGUGGUGCAGCAGCAGUGCCUCCUGGAUCGGGUCCUGGGCCCGUGCUACCCGAACCUGAAAGAGGUCAAGCUGGCGGGGUUCAGGUUCGACCCCCAUGAGAUGCAGUUGUUGUACUACUUCGUUGAGACUGGGCUCAACCUGGAGACUGUAGCCAUCUUCCUUCCUUCCCCCCGCAUCUGCAGUGGACCGGUCGGUUUCCCGGACGAAACCACCCUGAACCACUACCUCCGACCCAGGAUGGCCUCCCCCAAUGCGAGGAUUCGUGUCUUUCCGCAUUUUCAUGACAACCUACUCUACCCUCCCAGGCAUGCCAGGAACUGGAACAACCAGUUUUAGUUGAGAAGGAGACAGGGGAUCGGUUUAGUUCGGUCAGAUUGAAGUUUUAUCUAGUUCGAUGAGAUUAAUAAAGAGUUUGCCUGUGUUUGGGCAUACAUUACAAUCCUUCGUUUUCUUGUUUGGUUCGACAGAACCCAUAAUUUUUAGAGGCUCUGUUUGAAAAUUUAAAAAUCAACCAAUUACUUGGCCAUUUGGUUGGAUUCCUGUGAUCAUUGUUUUAUGCCUGCACACAACGAGACAGGGGUUUAGCCUACUUUGAAGUAACUGGUGUUAAUGGACCAAUAGACAAUUUGGGCCUAACCAAAACUUUAAACCGUCUAGCUCCAACGAAAGCCCACGUAAAGAAUGCCACCUCUCACAGUCACAGAACCCAGUUCUUUCGCGCGAAAUUUCUAGCGCCAAUCUCCAAUCCCUAGUAUGCUCUCCCUCCACCACGGCACCACCUAUAUAAACCUCCGCCUUCCUUCGUAAUUCCUCUUUUUUUUUUUUGAACCAAAUCAUUCGCCUGCUUUCAGAUCUUCCCUCAAGAUGCCGUGGCUUAACCGAAAUCCAGGAUCCCGCCUCUCCUCCUCUCCGGCGCAAGUACGUCCAAAGCCCCGGAAUCUGGCCGCCGGCAGCGUCUUCCUCUGCUCCGGCUGGAUUCUGGAUCCAGAGAUUUAUCCGAUGUCAAUUUAUAAGGUACGCGGUUCCCCUUCCUUCGCCCCCUCAAUUUUUGGGUUGAUUGGAAUCAAUCUGAUACAUAUGAUUUGAAUUCGAAUUCUUAAUUUGCGAGCUGCCAUUAGAAUUUUGCCGUCCAUGGUCGACUCGGUUGUUUUCUCUUUGAGCCGUGGCCGUACUAAUUAAGUCAGCUGAUCCGUAAGUCGUUUUUUCUCUACCUAUUUAACCCACCAUUCAAAAAGGUGCCCUUAAUUAAUUAGAAAUCUUCAACAUGGAAAAUUAACAUAAUCUACAAACAUAAUUUUUUCUGUUUGAACUUUGAAGUUUUUUAAUAUCUCAAGAAUUUUAUUAGCUAUCGAGCUAUAAUUUUAUGCGCAUGUGCAAUUUUUCCCCCUUUAUAAGUUAUUAAUCGUUUGUGUUGGAGUGCGAAAAUGGUAUAAAUUACUAUAUCACUUAUUAUGUUGUAGACAUAGUUAUUUUUGUGUUGAGUGCCUAACUAGCUAUGUACAAUUAGACACCGCCUAAACAAAUUACAAACAUUAGAAAUUUAGAACAGAAUCUUAAUGUUCGUCUUACAAGUUACCCCUCGUAUCACUUUAAAACCAUCGUGUCAUUGGGAACGACAAUUGUUGUGUAUACUUACUCAGGUUAGGAAUCUCUGAAAUUGUAGUUGCUCAAGAGAUUCUGUUACUUAGAGGAAACUCGCAACGUAGUUGCUUUGGAACUAUUAUUAUUCUGGUCAACAAAUCAAUGGCAUGUUGGCCGUUGAAGCAUUCAAACGGCGAGUGCCAGGACCUGGCCGUGUGGGAAAUAGCUGUUGACGUGUAGUUGACUCACGGCUUCUGGAUUGAGACGCGGGCUUGGUUGGUCUCCUCCUUCCUCCCACACGAAAAACCUGUGGCUGAAUUCAAUUCCCCCGAUCCAACUAAUCUAAACCCGCCGCCCUUGUAGGACAUUUCUCAGUCACAUGAUAGAAUAAUCGGGUUCUGGGCUGGGCCCAUUUUAGUUGAACAGACCCAACCACUUGUUUUAUUUUAUUUUAUUUAUAUUUUUCCAUGGGCUUGCCUCGGAUUCUCUGGACACCCCGGUGGAUCCGCCAACUAAAAAAACAAAAAAAUAAUAAUUAAAUAC